GUUUCGUUGCCAGCCAUAGAGAUUAUCUGUUUUGGGGUUUUACAGUGAAAGAACAACUCAAGAGUCAAGAAGAAAAGGGUUUUAGCUUUAGGCGUUUCUCUCUCUCUCUCUAAUUCAUCACGGGUUCCUCUGCUCACAGUCUUAGAGAGACAACAGUAUCCAUGGCAGAACAAUAGUCCUCUGGUAAACAUCAUAUCUAUUAAGACGGCGCGCUGUAUUACUACUAGUAAUAGUAGAGGUAAACUGGCGAAAGUUGCUGAGUUCAUGGCGGCAAUGGGGGUUUCAACUCACAGGAACCCUUUUAAGCCAUGUUUUCCUCCUUCCUUCUUGGUUUCUUCUUCUAAAUCUUUCCAGAGGAGGGAUUUUCAUCUUCUCCAGGGUGCAAACAGUAAGUCUUCAAGAAUUACUAUCUUGAAAAGUUCUUUACAGUUCAAUAGAAGAUUGAGUAACUGCACUAGGUCUUUCGAAGAAGAUCGUGUACACAUGAUUGGUGUAAGACAACCUUAUGCUUUGCCUCAUUAUGGGAAUGAAGGAACCCAUACAUGCUUCCAUGAGCAAUUGGAGUUGAAUUCAGAGGACGUUCCACUUUCUAGAUCCAGUGAUUACGGGAAUCCUACAGGUAUCUUUACUGGAGUUGUUGAAAGCAAAAAUUAUCCAGUUCCUGAAAAAAGAGAAAAGAAAAAGUCCUGGUUAGAUGAAAUAAACAGAAUGAAGCUUAUCAGACAGGAAGGUGCUAAAGGUAAAGUUAUGCAAAGCUCUUCAAGAGGUGAUGAUGUAGGAAUUGAAAAAGCUUCUAUCUCGUUACUGGAGACAAAUGGCAAUGGGUCGUCUGGUACCAUCAGACAUAGUCGUUUGAAUAAUGUAACGGUUAAUGAGGCACACUCGAUAAGCUAUGACAGGAAUGCUGAGAUUAGUGGCUAUAACCGUAAACUUGAUCAGGUACAAGGAGCAUCUUCUUUUGUACAAAUUGAGAGGAAAAAUUUCCAGUCAAAGGAGUCAUCAGAAGGAAAGCAACGUGAAUUGCGUGAACCUAAGCUCUCAGAGUUACUUAUAGAUAGACUUAAAGAUACAAUUGCAGUUGGUUCAUCCAAUGCAAAAAGAAGCGCAAUCUCCAAUAAUGUGAAUGAAACUGACACUUGCCUGAUAAAGAAUAGAGUAGAAGAAGCCAUCGCCAUCAACCAUGAUGUGAAUGAAACUUACAUUCAACCGUUAUCUGAUGGAGAAGAAGCUUUCGCCAUCUCCGAUGAGGUGCGUGAAACUUACGUUCAACCGAUAAAAUAUGGGAAAGAAGCGGCUAGUUCGUCAGAUUUGCGAGAAAAUCUUGGUCGAAUAUACGAUGAAGUUCUUGUAGUUGACAAUAUCUCAACAGCGAAGGAAAUUGUUAAAAUGCUUACAACGCAGGAAAAGUACAAAAACCGAAUCUAUGGUUGUGAUACUGAGGUAUGCAAGAUUGAUGUUAAAACAGAGACUCCUGUCGAUCACGGGGAGGUGACAUGUUUUAGUAUUUACGCCGGAGAAGGUGUGGAUUUUGGUAAUGGGAAGUCUUGUAUUUGGGUGGAUGUUCUAGAUGGUGGCGGUAGGGAUAUGAUGAUGGAAUUUGCUCCUUUCUUCGAAGAUCCAUCGAUUAAGAAGGUCUGGCAUAAUUAUAGCUUUGAUAGUCAUGUAAUAGAUAAUUAUGGACUUAAAAUUUCUGGAUUUCAUGCUGACACUAUGCAUAUGGCACGGCUUUGGGAUUCCUCUAGACGUUUAGAGGGUGGGUACUCUCUUGAAGCACUUACAAGUGACCCAAGAGUCAUGAAUGGAAACAGCAAAGUAUCAGGGAGACGACAAAAGAAAGUGGAGAUCAUGUCUGGGAUCAAUCAGGGAAAAAUAUCAAUGAAGACCAUUUUUGGCAAGGGUAAGUUAAAAAAAGAUGGCUCCGAGGGUAAAAUUAUUGCCAUUGCUCCUGUUGAAGAGCUUCAAAGGGAAGAGAGGAUGCUGUGGAUCUGUUAUUCUUCCUUGGAUUCAAUAAGCACCCUGAAGCUGUAUGAAAGCUUGGAAAAAAAGUUAAAGGCAAUGGAGUGGAUUCUUGAUGGGAUUGAAAAAGGAAAUAUGUACGACUUCUACGAGGAAUACUGGAGACCAUUUGGUGAGAUUUUAGUGAAUAUGGAAACAGAGGGAAUGCUUGUAAAUCGAGAAGCUCUUGCAGACAUGGAGAAGCUGGCUAUUGUACAUCAGCAAGUUGCUGGAGAUAAAUUUCGCCAGUGGGCUUCUAAGAUGUGUCCUGACGCUUUAUACAUGAACAUAGGAAGUGAUACACAACUGCGACAACUGUUUUUUGGUGGAAUGACAAUCAGCAGUAAGGAUGGAUCUCAAACUCUCGAUGAAGAGAAAGAAUUUAAAGUGCCCAACGUUGAUAAAGUGAUAGAAGAAGGCAAGAAGGUUGCCACAAAAUUUCGCAAGAUUACACUUCACAAAAUUGGCAAUGAGAUAAAAGCUGAGAUAUUCACACCCACUGGCCGCCCGUCUGUCAGUGGAGAUGUCCUAAAAGUACUUGCAGGCAAGGUCAUUUCGGAAUAUAAAGAGGACAUAGAUGUCUCUCAAUAUGGCACGGCUUACAAAGCAUUUGGAGAGGGCAGGGAUGGAAGGGAAGCCUGUCAUGCCAUAGCUGCUUUAUGUGAAGUCUGCGCAAUUGACUCGUUGAUAUCUAACUUCAUUCUGCCCUUGCAGAGCAGCGCCAUAUCUGGCAAAGAUGGUCGUAUCCACUGUUCUUUGAAUAUUAACACUGAGACUGGAAGGUUAUCCGCUAGGAGACCAAAUUUACAGAAUCAGCCUGCUUUGGAGAAGGACAUAUACAAGAUCCGUCAGGCAUUUGUAGCUGGGGAUAAUAAUUCCCUCAUUGUUGCUGACUAUGGUCAGUUGGAGCUCAGAAUUCUUGCGCAUCUUGCGGACUGUAAGAGCAUGCUGGACGCCUUCAAAGCUGGAGGAGAUUUCCAUUCGAGGACAGCUAUUAAUAUGUACCCACAUAUACGUAGAGCUGUGGAGCAAAACGAAGUUCUGCUCGAGUGGUAUCCUCAGCCUGGUGAAGAGAAACCUCCUGUGCAACUAUUAAAGGAUAAGUUUGCAUCUGAAAGAAGAAAGGCCAAAAUGCUCAACUUUUCCAUUGCAUAUGGCAAAACUCCGCAGGGAUUGGCAAAGGACUGGAAGGUCACAGUUAAGGAAGCUACUGAAACUGUUAAUCUGUGGUAUAAACAAAGGCAAGAAGUUUUAGCGUGGCAAGAAGAACACAAGAAAGAGGCUAAAGAGGAAGGUUGUGUAAAAACAUUGUUAGGUCGUACUCGUUGCUUCCCUUCAAUGAGUUCAGCUAGUUAUGGUGUUAAACGUCACAUCGAGCGAGCAGCUAUUAAUACCCCUGUGCAGGGUAGUGCUGCUGAUGUAGCUAUGUGUGCCAUGCUAGAAAUAGUGAAGAACGCUCGUUUGAAGGAACUUGGUUGGAGGUUGCUUUUGCAGGUUCAUGAUGAGGUAAUAUUGGAAGGUCCGACAGGGUCAGCAGAGGAAGCCAAGGCCAUUGUUGUGAACUGUAUGUCCAAACCCUUCGAUGGAAAAAACUUUCUCAAAGUGGAUCUGUCUGUAGAUGCCAAGGUUGCAAAGAAUUGGUAUGCUGCUAAGUAAGAAAACAAAGCACAUAACUAACAAAGCUAGAACUCAAGUUAGGUUCCUUCCAGGUUCUGCCCUUGUGGAGUCAUUUGUGCAAACUCAAGAAUUGGUACUAUCAAGGGUGUUUUGCUACUGUGCAUUACGUCCAGCACUGCUGAGCUUCUUUUGGAUUUGAGAUUUAUUGUCUAGGUCGUCUCCUGUAAUGUUGUGCUAAUUUGACGACAAUUUUGUAUUUAGUAGUUUCAUGACUGGGGGGUAUCACGUCAGAUGCAGCAUCAACAGAUGUAGAUCAAUAUUCACUGUGAUGGUUCCGUUUUGGGUAUCUCUUUGAAGAUAUCCUUUUGUUGGAUCAAAAGCUUGUAUAUAAUAGUUCUAUUUGUAAUGGUGAAACUGCCUACUUUCUGUAGCUUUAUUGUGACAAUGUUCACACAUACAAUAUACGGAUAUGGUUGUUGUACUGGUCUCAUUUCUAUGAAGCGAUGGUCUUCUUCUCUCUUUCAUUCA